AUGAGCAUCGCAACAGCAACCGCAGCCGCAGCUACAUCAUCCGGCACGGACGCGAAUUCAGCAGCAGACGCCGCAACAGACGCUUCGAUCCUCGUUACGGGCACGAGGACCGACACAGCCGAGUCGAUGAGGACCAUCACCGGCAUUUCUGCACGCGUUCAGGUCGGAUUCUUCACUCGCCUGCCCCAGUCCGUGCAGGAAGAGCUGCAGAGCAACCCAGCCCUACUCCUCUCGGUCGUCGGCGGGUACGCGACGUCCAGCGCGUGGAUCAAGGGCCUGCCGCCCACACUUAAGAGCUAUCGGCCGUCCUUCCCAGGCGGAAGCCAGGUCAGCAGAGGCGUCGAGUAG